AGUAUCAAAAUAGAAGAGUAGUAUUUAAAAAAGUUAGAGGUGGAGAAAAGAUUGGGUCAGUACAAGGAAACAAAGGGCCCACAAAAAAUAAGUAUGUGGAAUCCAAUAAGAUUUGACAGAAGGGAAGGAGUAAGGAAUGGGUGGAGAAAAUAAGCAUAGGAACAAAACCACAACCAUACAUUUGAUUGAGAGGCUAUCAGUAAUCUUAUCUCCUUCUAUUUUAUGGCUGGUAAUAUGUCUUCUCUUCUCAACAUUACCACAUUUUCUGUUUCCUUCUACUUCACUACUACUGUCUUACAUUGCUGCUACUGCUAAUUAGAGCAUGGCCUCCAACAUGCUCUCUAUUGCCAACCCUUCUCUCAGGGCCUACAACAAGGGAUUUUCUGAACUUUCCGGUCUAACUAACUCAUCCCUCCCUUUCGCUCGCAAGGGUUCUGAUGACUUGGUGUCUUUAGUGGCUUUCCAGACUAAUGCUGUUGGUAGUAGCCGUAGCAGCCAGAAAGGAGUAGUUGAAGCAAAACUUAAGGUAGCAAUUAAUGGAUUUGGAAGGAUUGGAAGGAACUUUCUAAGGUGUUGGCAUGGAAGGAAGGACUCUCCUCUUGAUGUAGUAGUCAUCAACGACACUGGAGGUGUGAAACAAGCUUCCCACCUCCUUAAAUACGACUCCAUCCUUGGUACAUUUGAGGCUGAUGUUAAGGCUGUCGGAGAUGAUGCCAUUUCUGUCGAUGGAAAACUAAUCAAAAUCGUCUCUGACAGAAACCCUUCCAACCUUCCCUGGAAGGACUUGGAUAUCGAUUUGGUGAUUGAAGGAACAGGAGUGUUUGUGGAUAGAGAUGGAGCAGGGAAGCACAUUCAAGCAGGUGCAAAGAAGGUUCUUAUCACUGCCCCAGGCAAAGGAGAUAUCCCUACUUAUGUGGUUGGUGUCAAUGAGGAAGGUUAUACCCAUUCAGACACCAUUAUCAGUAAUGCUUCCUGCACAACCAACUGCUUGGCUCCCUUUGUUAAGGUCCUUGAAAACAAAUUCGGAAUCAUCAAGGGAACCAUGACCACAACCCACUCCUACACUGGAGAUCAAAGACUCCUAGACGCAAGCCACAGGGAUCUUAGACGUGCAAGAGCAGCAGCCUUAAACAUUGUCCCAACAUCCACUGGUGCAGCCAAAGCCGUUGCCUUGGUUCUCCCAAGCCUUAAAGGAAAGCUCAACGGUAUUGCACUUCGUGUUCCAACCCCCAACGUAUCAGUCGUAGAUCUUGUUGUCCAAGUAUCGAAGAAAACCUUCGCAGAAGAAGUGAAUGCAGCAUUCAGAGAGUCUGCAGACAAUGAACUCAAAGGCAUUCUAUCAGUGUGUGAUGAGCCACUUGUUUCAGUAGACUUCAGAUGCAGUGAUGUUUCAUCUACUGUUGAUUCUUCACUUACUAUGGUUAUGGGUGAUGAUAUGGUCAAGGUGAUUGCUUGGUAUGAUAAUGAAUGGGGUUACUCUCAAAGAGUUGUUGAUCUUGCUGAUAUUGUUGCUAACAAAUGGCAGUAAUUUGUUAUUGUUAUUGAUCAUACUUUUGUAUUAAUGAUCACACCAAUUUUCCCAUCUUGUUAGUAAUUGUUUUCUUCUUUUUGUAAUAAGUGAUCUUUUAUCAAAUUUGUAUAGGGAAGAAAUCAAAUACUUAUAUUUUUCAUGCAUACAUUAUACUACUAGUAUGUCAAUAUGGGGGAAUCAAAUUCUCCACCUUUUGGAACA